AUGGAUCCACCUCAUAGUUGCACAACCAACAUCAAUAAGCAAGAUCAUGGAAAACUAAGCUCUCAAUUGAUAUGCCAAGAGAUUUUACAUCUUGUGAGCGUAGAUCCAUCUGUGAAGAUGAGCACGAUUAUCUUUCAUGUUGUUGCACGGUUCAACUAUACCCCAUCGUACAGGAAAGCUUGGAUUGGAAGAAUAAAAACGGUUGAACAUAUGUAUGGGAAUUUGGAAAAAUCUUACAAUCAACUUCCACAGUUUUUACUAGCACUUCAAAAAUAUGUUCCUGGUACGGUUGUAAUAUUGGAGUCACUACCAGCAUACACUUCUGAAGGAACAUGUGUUGAUGGAAGUAGGAUAUUAUCUCGUCUCUUUUGGGCAUUUCAACCAUGUAUCAAAGGUUUUGCGUUCUGCAAACCGGUUAUUCAAGUCGAUGGAACAUGGUUGUAUGGAAAAUACAAAGGAACAUAG